AUGGCAGUGGUCAGUGGCGAGACUCUGGACAUGGCACUGACCACAGCAGUGGUCAGCAGGAUCGUGGCACGGCUCAAGGCUGACCGCCGGCCCCACGCCCAGCGUCCACUGUCGCGCCCGGAGCGCGGCCGAAGCGCCGGCCCCCGCCGGCAGCGCCGCGCCCGGCCCCACGAGUGCGCCGACUGCGGCAAGCGCCUGGAGCCGGCGGCGGGCAAACCGCGCCGCGCCAAAACCGCCAAACCCAGCACCAAGAGCGGCGUGGCCAACACGUGCGGCGAGUGCUGGCAGAGCUUCGGGCAGAGCUCGGACCUGGUGAAGCACCUGCGCAUCCACACCGGCGAGAAGCCGUACGCCUGCGGCCACUGCGGCAAGCGCUUCAACGUCUCCUCCAACCUGAUCCGGCACCGGCGCAUCCACACCGGCGAGCGGCCCUACGGCUGCGGCGACUGCGGCAAGCGCUUCACCGACAAGUCCACGCUGACGCAGCACCGGCGCAUCCACACCGGCGAGAAGCCGUACGCCUGCGGCCACUGCGGCAAGAGCUUCAGCCGCAGCUCGCACCACAAGCGGCACCAGCGCACCCACGCCGGGCUGCCGGCGGGCGCGGCCGGGGGGCUCGCGGGGAUCACUGGGAUUACUGGGAUUACUGGGAUUACUGGUGGCGGUGGUACUGGUACCAUUAGCGGUGUUGCCGGUGUUGGUCGUGGUGUUACCGUAUUACUCGUGGCGUUACUGGUGUUGUUACCAGUGGUGUUACUGGUCUUGCUGGUGGCGCUACUGGUGUUACUGGUGGUGCUACCGGUGUUACUGGUGGUGUUACUGGUGUUACCAGUGCUGUUACUGGUGUUACCGGUGUUACCGGAGGGGUUACUGGUGCCGUUACCGGUGUUACUGGUGUGA